AUGUCGUCGCGCAUACCCUAUAGCUCCAUCGCACUGGAUAUACCCGAGUUAGUCGCACUUAUUUGUGAAUCUGCCCGCCCUGUAGACCGCGCUCGCCUACUACGUGUUUCAAAGCUUUUUUUCUACUGCACCGCGCCGUUUGUUUGGGAAGAAAUACGCGGAGUGACAACACUACUGGGGCUUAUAGAUGGAGUUACUACGAAAUGUGAAAAGACAGAUUUCGUGUGCUCAAACGUAGUCGUCGAGCUUGAUAAACAUUUGGACUUUUCCCGCUUUGAUCUUUACGCGCCUUUUGUCCAAAAACUCGAGAUUUUCCACCAAAGGACUGAAACCCUCACUCUGAGCUCUUGGGAAGGCCUGGUUGCAAGAGACAGGCCUCUGUUACCCAAUCUCACUCGGCUCAGCUGUCGUGAAGCCCCUGCCAACCAAUCACACGACUCAAUCAUCCAAUGGGUGAACACUUUUCUCACCCCCGAUCUCGUUGAGCUACGUGUGCCAAACCCUAAUGGCGAUAUUUGCGCCAUGUUUACGUGGUUAGCGCCUCUCCUUGUGUCGAAUAUGCUCCAAACUGUUUCGGCCAAAUGCCCCAGCCUCAAGACGCUCGAGGUAGCUCCUGGUACAAGCGGGCGCGACUCGCCUUCCAUUGAAUUUAAUAUCCCUCUGGCAAUCGGCUUACACGAACAUAUUGCUCGGUUCGAUAGCCUCAGAACCCUCGUCACCAGUGCAGCUGCCCUCGAACCUGGAAUGCUCGUGGCUCUUAGUCAGUUACCCAAGUUGGCAGUGCUCUCCGUCGUAUCAUCGCAUCAGCACGAACCAAUCAUGCGACUUAUACCACUCGGCCCGAAUGCCUUUCCUUCUCUCGAACGCCUCGAACUCCGGAGAUUAAGCCUCAAUGCUAUUAUUGGCUUAUGGUACAUCCCGGGCCUCGUUUCGAGAUUGUCAUCCGCCGUCAUUGCACAGCCUAUUCUCGACGAGUUCACAUCUCGUAAUUGGGCCGGCGAGCUUAUAUCGCACGUUUGUAUCCACAGUCCCACACUCCAAGAGUUCUACCUCGACCCGUACUAUUACGUGACUCAAGUCGUCUUUCUGUCCCACGACAACCUGAAACUUUUAGAAGAACAGCAGGUUUCGCUGAGAAGCAUCACUUUAUGUGGCACGCUCGUAGAUAGGAAUGUGGGGGUUCAAGAUCUUGCACGCGCAUUUCCCAAUCUCUCCACCUUGCGAUUGCCUUCGUGGAGAGUCACGUGGCAAGAUGCUCGUGAUCUAGUCGCCCGUUUGCCGAAUCUGCACACUUUGAGCGUGGGGCUGGAUACUCUGCAGUCCAAUAUUCCUCCAAUAGGAUCAAUAAGUGCGAAUCGGGAUAGGCUAUCUUUAGAAAUGAGCUGGGAUUCUCUCGUCGAGUUCUCAUCUGAAAAGUUGUCGAAACUGGCAGAGUAA